GUGAUGGGGAGGCCAAGCAACAGCCACGGGGGCGGGGGCGACGAGGAGCGGCUGCCCCUCCGCGGCGUGCUGGAGACGUCCCCGUCCCAUCACGCCGCGGUGCAGGCCAAGGACAAGGAGGCGAGGCGCGGGGGCAGCAGGCUCUGGCGCGCGUCCGUGCGCGCGGGGCUGCUGCUCUGCCUGCUGACCGUCCCGGCCGUCCUGCUGCUGCUGUGGUGGCAGGCCGACUCCUCGCCGCAGUGGGUCUUCGACUUCGAGCCACCCGAGGAAGACGACGACCAAGAUAUACAAGACGACAUGUCAGACGAUCUAUCUCCGUCGCCGCAAAUAGAGUACGAUCGUCUUCUGGGCGGCCUUCUCGUCGAGGGUUUUGACGACAAAUCAUGCAGAAGCAGGUACCGUUUCGCACGCUACCACAGUUCACCGAGCAUACCUUCUCCGUACCUCAUAGAGAGGCUAAGGAAACAAGAAGCUCUGCAGAAGAAGUGCGGCCCAGGCACCAGAGCAUACAGGGAAGCUUCGAAGCAGCUGAAAUCCGGUCAGAGCAUGAGCAUCAACGCCACAGACGACUGCAACUACCUGUUCCUUAUCAUCCACGCCGGCUUAGGGAACCGGAUGCUCGAGAUCACUUCGGCGUUCCUCUACGCGCUGCUCACGAACCGGAUCUUGCUCCUGGACCGUUACAAGGAGAUCGCGGAUCUUUUCUGCGAGCCCUUUCCUGGAACGUCGUGGCUGGUUCCUUCGGACUUCCCUCUGAACGACGACGAGUUCGGCCAGAGCAGCGCUGAGAGCUACGGCAACAUGCUGCAGAACAAGGCUUUCGGUGGUGGUACGGACCGAUCUUUGGUUGGCAACAGACUCCCUCCCUAUGUGUACCUCCACCUGGACGGCAACUAUGGUUUCCACGACAAACUCUUCUUCUGCGAGGACGACCAGCAGUUCCUGCGAGGUGUUCCGUGGCUGGUCAUGAGGACGGACAUGUACUUCGUGCCGUCCCUGUUCCUCGUUCCAGCUUUCCAGGACGAGCUCGGCAGGCUGUUUCCUGAGAAAGACACCGUCUUCCAUCACUUGGCGCGCUAUCUUUUCCAUCCGACAAAUGGCGUCUGGUAUUCGGUUACAAGAUGCUUCAGGUCCUACCUGGCCAAAGCGGAAAAAAGGGUGGGAAUUCAGAUCAGGAUAUAUGAAACCAAAGGUAUCUUGCAGAGAAACGGCCCGUUCCCACACAUUCUGAACCAGAUCCUCUCGUGUGCUCAAAACGAGAAGCUGCUUCCAGAAAUCAGUAUGGCAGAGGGAGCAGCCGAUGGGACUCGGAAUAACCGAACAGCAGCCGGGAGUGGGACUCGGAACAACCGGACGAUCGCUGUUCUAACGACUUCUCUGAGCGCUUGGUACAGCGAGCAGAUCCAGGAGAAGUACGACGAGCAGUCGGCUGUUGAUGGCGUGUCUGUCAGAGUGUUCCAGCCGAGCCACGAGGAGUACCAGAGGUCGAGGAACAAGGGGCACAACAUGAAGGCGCUUGCUGAGAUCUACCUAUUGAGCAUGACCGACGUGCUGAUCACCAGUGGCUUUUCCACGUUCGGGUACGCUGCUCAGGGGCUCGCCGGCCUGAAGCCGUGGAUCAUGCUUAAGUCGGAGAACCACGUGACGCCAGACCCACCGUGCGUCCGCGCCAUGUCCAUCGAGCCGUGCUUCCAUCAAGCUCCCUUCUACGACUGCAAGGCGAGGAAGGACACCGAUUUGGGCAAGGUAGUGCCUUACGUGAGGCACUGCGAGGACGUGAGCUGGGGGCUCAAGAUUGUAGAUCAAACUCAUUUGUAGUGUAGCUGUAAUCUGGUCAGGACUCACGGCAGACUUGCUUGCUAACUAGGGCAGAACUAUUGUUAUUCUUAUUCUUAAUCUGCGAAACACAAAGGAACCAUACAAAAUGUAUUCUUUCCCUCCUGUAUUUGAUCCAAGUGUAGAUAGUUGAUAGACAGAUCCAUUAAUCUGUUCAUCCUCUGAUGUCAAAAGGAAGAGAAACAUGUUUACU